GCUUCCGGAGCGGGCGGAGCGCGCGGGAGAUCUUGCAAGGCGGCUGAGCCGGCAGGUGGACCGACCGCGACGGGCUAGACGUGGAGCUACGGAAGAGGGCUGAGGUCGCCCAAGUCGACAGCAAGCACGGGGAAAUGUGUUGCCGUCGCUGUGUCUCUGGAAGUUGUUCGUGCUCGUGGUGAACCCACUGAGGAAAUGGACUUGGAUCAACUGGACCUAAACCCCAGAAUUACUGCUGCAGUUAAGAAGGGCAGAUUGAAGUCAGUGAAGGAGGUUCUGUGCUAUUCGGGACCAGAUCUGCAGAGGCUCACCAGCCUGCCCACCCACGAUGUGCAGCAUCUGCUGAGAGCGGCCGCUCUGCACCUUCAGGGCAGCCGUGUCCUUACAGCAUUGCAGCUGUUCCAGCAGAGGGAGCGCUUCCCUGAGCAGCAUCAACGCCUGAGCCUGGGCUGCCCAGUCCUGGAUCAGUUCCUUGGUGGCGGCCUGCCCCUGGAGGGCAUCACUGACCUGGCUGGCCGCAGCUCGGCAGGGAAGACCCAGCUGGCGCUACAGCUUUGCCUGACUGUGCAAUUCCCACGGCAAUAUGGAGGCCUGGAGGCGGGGGCCAUCUAUAUCUGCACAGAGGAUGUCUUCCCCAGCAAGCGGCUGUGGCAGCUCAUUGGACAGCAACAGCAGCUGCGGACAGAUGUGCCUGGGGAGGUGGUCCAGAAGAUCAAGUUCGGCAACCACAUCUUCAUUGAGCAUGCGGCCGAUGUGGAUACCUUGUUGGAGUGUGUGAGUAAAAGGGUCCCCAUUCUGCUGUCAAGGGGAAUGGCCCGCCUGGUGGUGGUUGACUCUGUUGCAGCCCCAUUUCGUUGUGAGUACGAUGUUCAGGCCUUGGCCACCAGAGCCAAGCACCUGCGGUCACUAGGGGCCACGCUCCGAAGACUGAGCAGCACUUUCCGGAGCCCUGUGCUGUGCAUCAACCAGGUGACAGAAAUGGUGGAGGAGCAAGAGUCUAUGCCCAGGCCACUGGGGGACUGGGAUGAGCACCUCUUUCCAGCCCUUGGCAUCACCUGGGCUGACCAGCUCCUGAUGAGACUGAUGGUUGACCGGGUCCAUGAGGAUGAUGCCACUACGGGCUUGCCCGGAAGCCCAGCUCGGAGUCUACGAGUGCUCUUCGCCCCCCACCUGCCCCUCUCUUCCUGUUGCUACACAGUCAGUGGGGAAGGCAUUAGAGGGAUACCAGGAACAGAGUCCUGCUAACAAUGGCCCGGUGGAUCACCCUGACCAAGUCCCAGAGAAACCCUGAUUCUGAUGAGUCCUUCCAACCAUGAAGUACCUGGUGGACAGAUACCCGGUGCCACUUAGCAUCUGCUCUCCUCUCCCUGGGGUUUGUCUACUGCUGAGCCGUGGAGUUUGGCCCCACACACUGCCCUUUAGAGCUGUAGUUCUCACCUGGGGGUCAAGACCCCUUUCAGGGGGUUGAACAACUCACAGGAGUCACCCAAGACCAUCAGAAAACACAGAUAUUCACAUUGCGUUUCAUAGCAAUCAAAAUUACAGUUAUGAAGUAGCAAUGAAAUAACUUUGUGGCUGGGGGUCACCACAACCUGAGGAACAGUAUUUAAGGGUCUCAAAGUUAGGAAGGUUGAGAACUACUGGCUUAGAGGAUGAAUGACCCACCAGGGGCUCUGGCAGCCCCAGGGCAUCUGGGAGCUCCAUAAUGACAAGGCUCAGCUCUUUCCUCUGCUUUCUGCCUGGGGCUGAGUCAGCAGCUGGCCUGGUGGGGGCCUCUCCUGCAGGAUAGUUUUAACACACACACAGGCAGUGAUGCCCACCACUGGGGCCAAAUGGGGCACACAACGAGGUACUUCCCUGCUGUGCCCCUCCCCACACACAUACAACACUGGGGGCAGAGCAAUCCAGAACAGUCUGAGGAAAGGAGGUGGGACUGGUCUAACCUGCUUGCCUCACCUUCCUUAGGCUGAGCAGCUCAGCAGACGGAAGGUAACAUCUGCUCUGCACACCAGAAUCACCACUUCUCUCUACAGUCACCAAAGGAAUGUGGCCUCUGAAGACAGGGCUGUGGUUUAAACCUGUCCUGUGCUUCCAGAUGCCUCCUGGCAGCACAGGCUUCCACCAGCAAAUGUGCCACACAGGGACAUGGCCCUCACCAAGGAGUCCUGCUGCUCCAGUGUCGUGUGACUCCUCAAGCCAGGACUUACACUGUCACUGUCCCCACUCAAAUAGGGGAACAAACCACAUAUGAUAUAUACCAUGACAUCUUCAGGAUAGCCCCGGCCUGUAAGAAGCUCAUCAAACCUUCAAAGCUAUCUGCGGCCCCCACCCUUUUCGGCAAUUCUGGAGCCUGAACCCAGGAUCUCCUGCAUGCAAGACAAGUGCUCUCCACUGAGCUACAGCCCAGCCCCAGUACUGCCCUGAAGGGUUGAGAACACUGGCAUAAAUGAUGGCUACUUGGGGUGGGAGAAGUUUAUACAAAAUAGCCUCUCUGCAAAACUGGAGGGCUUUAUAUCAUGAAAUAAAGUUUUAUUUU